GAGGUAUCUUUCUUGGAAGUAAAGUGUUAUUAUUUACUGUAUCUUUCUCUGGAAGUAAAGUGUUAUUAUUUAGAGUGUAUCUUUCUCUGGAAGUAAAGUGUUAGAUUUAGAGUGUAUCUUUCUCUGGAAGUCAAGGGUGUUAUUAUUAGAGUGUAUCUUUCUCUGAGAAGUAAAGUGUUAUUAUUUAGAGCGUAUCUUUCUCUGGAAGUAAAGUGUUUAUUUUAGAGUGUAUCUUUCUCUGGAAGUAAGUGUUAUUAUUUAGAGCGUAUCUUUUCUCUGGAAGUAAAGUGUUAUUAUUUUAGAGUGUAUUUUCUCUGGAAGUAACGUGUGUUAUAUUGUAGAGUGUAUCUUUCUCUGGGAAGUAAAGUGUUAUUAUUUAGAGUGUAUCUUUCUCUGGAAGAAAGUGUUAUUAUUUAGAGUGUAUCUUUCUCUGGAAGUAAAGUGUUAUGUAUUUAGAGUGUAUCUUUCUCUGGAAGUAAAGUGUUAUUAUUUAGAGUGUAUCUUUCUGGAAGUAAAGUGUAUUAUUUAGAGCGUAUCUUUUCUCUGGAAAGUAAAGGUUAUUAUUUAGAGUGUAUCUUUCUCUGGAAGUAAAGUGUUAUUAUUUAGAAGGUAUCUUUCUCUGGAAGAAAGUGUUAUUAUUUAGAGUGUAUCUUUCUCUGGAAGUUAAAGUGUUAUUAUUUAGAGUGUAUCUUUCUCUGUAAGUACAGUGUUUAUUAUUUAGAGUGUAUCUUUCUCUGGAAGUAAAGUGUUAUUAUUUUAGAGUGUAUCUUCUCUGGAAAGUAAGUGUUAUUAUUGUAGAGUGUAUCUUUCUCUGGAAGUAAAGUGUUAUUAUUAGUGUAUCUUCUCUGGAAGUAAAGUGUAUUAUUUAGAGUGUAUCUUUCUCUGGAAGUAAAGUGUUAUUAUUUAGAGCGUAUCUUUCUCUAGAAGUAAAGUGUUAUUAUUUAGAGUGUAUCUUUCUCUGGAAGUAAAGUGUUAUUAUUUAGAGUGUAUCUUUCUCUGGAAGUAAAGUGUUAUUAUUUAGUGUAUCUUUCUCUGGAAGUAAAAGUGUUAUUAUUUAGAGUGUAUCUUUCUCUGGAAGUAAAGUGUUAUUAUUUAGAGCGUAUCUUUCUCUAGAAGUAAAGUGUUAUUAUUUAGAGUGUAUCUUUCUCUGGAAGUAAAGUGUUAUUAUUUAGAGCGUAUCUUUCUCUAGAAGUAAAGUGGUUAUUAUUUAGAGUGUAUCUUUCUCUGGAGUAAAGUGUUAUUAUUUAGAGUAUCUUUCUCUGGAAUUAAAGUGUAUUAUUUAGUGUAUCUUUCUCUGGAAGUAAAGUGUUAUUAUUUAGAGUGUAUCUUUCUCUGGAAGUAAAGUGUUAUUAUUUAGAGUGUAUCUUUCUCUGGAUGUAAAGUGUUAUUAUUUAGAGUGUAUCUUUCUCUGGAAGUAAAGUGUUAUUAUUUAGAGUGUAUCUUUCUCUGGAAGUAAAGUGUUAUUAUUUAGAGCGUAUCUUUCUCUGGAAGUAAAGUGUUAUUAUUUAGAGUGUAUCUUUCUCUGGAAGUAAAGUGUUAUUAUUUAGAGUAUCUUUCUCUGGAAGUAAAGUGUUAUUAUUUAGUGUAUCUUUCUCUGGAAGUAAAGUGUUAUUAUUUAGAGUGUAUCUUUCUCUGGAAGUAAAGUGUUAUAUUUAGUGUAUCUUUCUCUGGAAGUUAAAGUGUUAUUAUUUAGAGUGUAUCUUUCUCUGGAAGUAAAGUGUUAUUAUUUAGAGUGUAUCUUUCUCUGGAAGUAAAGUGUUAUUAUUUAGAGUGUAUCUUUCUCUGGAAGUAAAGUGUUAUUAUUUAGAGUGUAUCUUUCUCUGGAAGUAAAGUGUUAUUAUUUAGGUGUAUCUUUCUCUGGAAGUAAAGUGUUUAUUAUUUAGAGCGUAUCUUUCUCUGGAAGUAAAGUGUUAUUAUUAGAGUGUAUCUUUCUCUGGGAAGUAAAGUGUUAUUAUUUAGAGCGUAUCUUUCUCUGGAAGUAAAGUGUUAUUAUUUAGAGUGUAUCUUUCUCUGGAAGUAAAGUGUUAUUAUUUAGAGAGUAUCUUUCUCUGGAAGUAAAGUGUUAUUAUUUAGAGUUGUAUCUUUUCUCUGGAUGUAAAGUGUUAUUAUUUAGAGUGUAUCUUUCUCUGGAAGUAAGUGUUAUUAUUUUAGAGUGUAUCUUUCUCUGGAAGUAAAGUGUUAUUAUUUAGAGUGUAUCUUUCUCUGGAAGUAAAGUGUUAUUAUUUAGAGUGUAUCUUUCUCUGGAAGUAAAGGUUAUUAUUUAGAGUGUAUCUUUCUCUGGAAGUAAAGUGUUAUUAUUUACUGUAUCUUCUCUGGAAGUAAAGUGUUAUUAUUUAGAGUGUAUUCUUUCUUGGAAGUAAAGUGUUAUUAUUUAGAGUGUAUCUUUCUCUGGAAGUAAAGUGUAUUAUUUAGAGUGUAUCUUCUCUGGAAGUAAAGUGUUAUUAUUUAGAGCGUAUCUUCUCUGGAAGCUAAAGUGUUUAUUAUUUAGAGUGUAUCUUUCUCUGGAAAGUAAAGUGUUAUUAUUUAGAGCGUAUCUUUCUCUGGAAGUAAAGUGUUAUAUUUAGAGUGUAUCUUUCUAUGGAAGUAUAAGUGUUAUAUUAGAGGUAUCUUUCUCUGGAAGUAAAGUGUUAUUAUUUAGAGGUGUAUCUUCUCUGGAAGUAAAGUGUUAUUAUUUAGAGUGAUCUUUCUCUGGAAGUUAAAGUGUUAUUAUUUAGAGUGUAUCUUUCUCUGGAAAGUAAGUGUUAUUAUUAGAGUGUAUCUUUAUCUGGAAGUAAAGUGUUAUUAUUCUGAGCGUAUCUUUCUUCUGGAAGUAAAGUGUUAUUAUUUAGAGUGUAUCUUUCUCUGGAAAGUAAAGUGUUAUAUUUUAGAAGGUAUCUUUCUCUGGAAGUUAAAGUGUUAUUAUUUAGAGUGUAUCUUUCUCUGGAAGUAAAGUGUUAUUAUUUAGAGUGUAUCUUUCUCUGGAAGUAAAGUGUUAUAUUUAGAGUGUAUCUUUCUCUGGAAGUAAAGUGUUAUUAUUUAGAGUGUAUCUUCUCUGGAAGUAAAGUGUAUUAUUUAGAGUGUAUCUUUCUCUGGAAAGUAAAGUGUUAUUAUUUAGAGUGUAUCUUUCUCUGGAAGUAAAGUGGUUAUUAUUUAGGUGUAUCUUUCUCUGGAAGUAAAGUGUUAUUAUUUAGAGUGUAUCUUUCUCUGGAAGUAAAGUGUUAUUAUUUAGAGCGUUAUCUUCUCUAGAAGUAAAGUGUUUAUUAUUUAGAGUGUAUCUUUCUCUGGAAGUAAAGUGUUAUAUUUAGAGUGUAUCUUUCUCUGGAAGUAGAAGUGUUAUUAUUUAGAGUGUAUCUUUCUCUGGAUGUAAAGUGUUAUUAUUUAGAGUGUAUCUUUCUCUGGAAGUAAAGUGUUAUUAUUUAGAGCGUAUCUUCUCUAGAAGUAAAGUGUUAUUAUUUAGAGUGUAUCUUUCUCUGGAAGUAAAGUGUUUAUUUUAGAGUGUAUCUUUCUCUGGAGUAGAGUGUUAUUAUUUAGAGUGUAUCUUUCUCUGGAUGUAAAGUGUUAUUAUUUAGAGGUAUCUUUCUCUGAAGUAAAGUGUUAUUAUUUAGAGUGUAUCUUUCUUGGAAGUUAAAGUGUUAUUAUUUAGAGUGUAUCUUUCUCUGGAAGUAAAGUGUUAUUAUUUAGUGGUAUCUUUCUCUGGAAGUAAAGUGUUAUAUUUAGAGUGUAUCUUUCUCUGGAAGUAAAGUGUUAUUGAUUUAGAGGUAUCUUUCUUGGAUGUAAAGUGUAUUAUUUAGAGUGUAUCUUCUCUGGAAGUAAAGGUGUAUUAUUUAGGAGGUAUCUUUCUAUGGAAGUAAAGUGUUAUUAUUUAGAGCGGUAUCUUUCUCUGGAAGUAAAGUGUUAUUAUUUAGAGUGUAUCUUUCUCUGGAAGUAGUAAAGUGUUAUUAUUUAGAGUAUCUUCUCUGGAAAGUAAAGUGUUAUUAUUUAGUGUAUCUUUCUCUGGAAGUAAAGUGUUAUUAUUUAGAGUGUAUCUUCUCUGGAAGUAAAGUGUUAUUAUUUAGUGUAUCUUUCUCUGGAAGUAAAGUGUUAUUAUUUAGAGUGUAUCUUUCUCUGGAAGUAAAGUGUUAUUAUUUAGAGUGUAUCUUUCUCUGGAAGUAAAGUGUUAUUAUUUAGAGUGUAUCUUUCUCUGGAAGUAAAGUGUUAUUAUUUAGAGUGUAUCUUUCUCUGGAAGUAAAGUGUUAUUAUUUAGAGUGUAUCUUUCUCGGAAGUAAAGUGUUAUUAUUUAGAGCGUUCUUUCUCUGGAAGUAAAGUGUUAUUAUUUAGAGUGUAUCUUCUUCUGGAAGUAAAGUGUUAUUAUUUAGAGAGUAUCUUUUCUCUGGAAGUAAAGUGUUAUUAUUAGAGUGUAUCUUUCUCUGGAAGUAAAGUGGUUAUUAUUUAGAGUGUAUCUUUCUCUGGAAGUAAAGUGUUAUUAUUUAGUGAUCUUUCUCUGGAAAGUAAAAGUGUUAUUAUUUAGAGUGUAUCUUUCUCUGGAAGUAAAGUGUCUUAUUUAGAGCGUAUCUUUCUUGGAAGUAAAGUGUUAUUAUUUAGAGUGUAUCUUUCUCUGGAAGUAAAGUGUUAUUAUUUAGUGUAUCUUUCUCUGGAAGUAAAGUGUUAUUAUUUAGUGUAUCUUUCUCUGGAAGUAAAGUGUUAUUAUUUAGAGUGUAUCUUUCUCUGGAAGUAAAGUGUUAUUAUUUAGAGUGUAUCUUCUCUGGAAGUAAAGUGUUAUUAUUAGUGGUAUCUUCUCUGGAAGUAAAGUGUUAUUAUUUAGUGUAUCUUUCUCUGGAAGUAAAGUGUUAUUAUUUAGGUUGUAUCUUUCUCUGGAAGUAAAGUGUUAUUAUUUAGUGUAUCUUUCUCUGGAAGUAAAGUGUUAUUAUUUAAGUGUAUCUUUCUCUGGAAGUAAUAAAGUGUUAUUAUUUAGUGUAUCUUUCUCUGGAAGUUAAAGUGUUAUUAUUUAGAGUGUAUCUUUCUCUGGAAGUUAAAGUGUUAUUAUUAGAGUGUAUCUUUCUCUGGAAGUAAAGUGUUAUUAUUUAGAGUGUAUCUUUCUCUGGAAGUAAAGUUGUUAUUAUUUAGAGUGUAUCUUUCUCUGGAAGGUAAAGUGUUAUUAUUAGGGUGUAUCUUUCUCUGGAAAGAAAGUGUUAUUAUUUAGAGUGUAUCUUUCUCUGGAAGUAAAGUGUAUUAUUUAGAGUGUAUCUUUCUCUGGAAGUAAAGUGUUAUUAUUUAGAGUGUAUCUUUCUCUCGGGAAGUAAAGUGUGUAUUAUUUAGAGUGUAUCUUUCUCUGGAAGUAAAGUGUUAUUAUUUAGAGUGUAUCUUUCUCUGGAAGUAAAGUGUUAUUAUUUAGAGUGUAUCUUUCUCUGGAAGUAAAGUGUUAUUAUUUAGUGUAUCUUUCUCUGGAAGUAAAGUGUUAUUAUUUAGUGUAUCUUUCUCUGGAAGUAAAGUGUUAUUAUUUAGAGUGUAUCUUUCUCUGGAAGUAAAGUGUUAUUAUUUAGAGUGUAUCUUUCUCUGGAAGUAAAGUGUUAUUAUUUAGAGUGUAUCUUUCUCUGGAAGUAAAGUGUUAUUAUUUAGUGUAUCUUUCUCUGGAAGUAAAGUGUUAUUAUUUAGAUUGUAUCUUUCUCUGGAAGUAAAGUGUUAUUAUUUAGUGUAUCUUUCUCUGGAAGUAAAGUGUUAUUAUUAGAGUGUAUCUUCUCUGGAAGUAAAGUGUAUUAUUUAGAGUGUAUCUUCUCUGGAAGUAAAGUGUUAUUAUUUAGUGUAUCUUUCUCUGGAAGUAAAGUGUUAUUAUUUAGUGUAUCUUUCUCUGGAAGUAAAGUGUUAUUAUUUAGAGUGUAUCUUUCUCUCUGGUGUAUGUGUGUAGCUGCAGGGUCGUCUGGCGGUGUUGCUGUGCAACGUGCGUCCCUGUCGGGUGAAGGGCGUGGUCUCCACGGCGAUGGUUCUCUGUGGAUCCGCCCCUAAUGCCCAUGGUAACGAUAAUGAUGAUGACGCCCAGGUGGAGUUUCUGGAACCGCCAAACUAACGCUGUACCUGGCGGACAGGGUCACUUUUUACGAUUACCCCUGGUAAAAACACACAAACACCACACACACACACACCCCCCCCCACACACACAAACAAAAACCACCCAAAAAACCCACACACAAAACACACCAAAAAAAAAGGGGAAAGGAGGCAGGAGGGAGGAGCAGACAGAGCCCUGGUAACUACACACACACAACCCCCACAAACAGACAGACAGACGACAGACGAAAGGGAGGCAGGCGAAAGGGCAGAAGACAGACAGACAGACGACGGGCAGACAGGGCCCGACAGAAGAGAGAGAGAGAGGGGGAAGAGAGAGAGGGGGGACAGAAGACAGACAGACGACAGACGACAGAAAGAAGACAGGAAAACAGACAGGACAGAAGACAGAAAGAAGGACAGAAACAGACAGACAGACGACAGACAGGGCAGAGACCCUGGUAACUACUUGUUCUAAUCUGUUAAUCAAGUAAUCCUUUAAAUUGAGGUUAGGGUUUAAAAUUUGGGUAUUGGGUUUUGGGUUAAAAAAAAAAUAAUAAAAAUAAAAAAUAAUAAUAAUAAAUGGGUUUUGGGGUUAGUAAUAAAAUUAAUAUAUGGGGGGAGGGAAAAAUAAUAAUAUAGGGUUAGGGUUAAAAUUUAAAAAAUAGGGUUUGGGUUUAAAAAAUAAUAUAGGUUGGGUAAUAAUUUAAAACAUAUGGGGUUAGGGUUUAAUAAUAAUAAUAAAUGGGUUGGGUUUAAAAAUAAUAAUAAUAUGGGGUUUGGGUUAAAAAAUAAUAUAUGGGGGAGGGGUUUAAAAAUAAAAUAUUGGGUUGGGUUAAAAUAAUAAUAUAGGGUUAGGGUAAUAAUAAUAAUAAUAUAUUGGUUUUGGGUAAAAAAAAAAUUUUGGGGGUUUGGGUUAAUAAUAAUAAAAAUAUAUGGGUUUGGGUUUAAAAAAAAUAAUAAUAAUAAAUAUGGGUUAGGGUUUAAAAAUAUAUAAGGGUUAGGGUUAAUAAUUAAAAUAGGGUUAGGUAAAAUAUAAAUAUGGGGAGGGUUAAAAAUAAUACUUAUGGGUUAGGGUUAAAAAUAAAAAAUAUAUGGGUUUUUGGGUUUAAAAAUAAAAAUUGGGUUUGGGGUUUUAAAAAUAAUAUAAGGGGUUAGGGUUUUUAAAAUAAUAAAUGGGUUGGGGAAUAAUAAUAAAUAGGGUUAGGGUUUUAAAAAUAAAAUAUAGGGUUAGGGUUUAAAAAUAAUAAUAUUGGGUUUGGGGUUUAAUAAAAUAAUUAAAAAAUAUGGGUUUGGGUUUAAUAAAAUAAAAAUUUAAAUAUGGGUUUGGAUUAAUAAAAUAAUAAAAUAAUAAAUAUGGGUAGGGUAAUAAUAAUAUAUGGGUUAGGGGUUAAUAAUAAUAAUAAUUUUUAGGGUUUGGGGUUUAAAAAUAAUAAUAAUAAUAAUAAUAAUAAUAAAUAGGGUAGGGGUUAAAAUAUAAUAAUAAUAAAUUUUGGGUUUGGGUUUAAAAAAAUAAUAAUUAAAAAGGGUUGGGGUUAAUAAAAUAAUAUGGGUUGGGUUAGUAAAAAAAAUAAUAAUUAUGGGUUAGGGUUAAUAAAAAAAUAAUAAAAAAUAAUAAUAAUAAUAAUAAUAAUAAUGGGUUUGGGUUAAAAUAAAUAAAUAUGGGUUAGGGUUAAUAAAAUAAAAUUGGGGGGGGUUAAAAUAAUAAAUAUGGGUUAGGGUUAAAUAAUAAUAUAUGGGGGGGGGUUAAUAAUAAUAAUAAUAAAAUUUUUGGGUUAGGGUUAAAAUAAUAAAAUUAAAGGGUUUGGUUAAUAAUAAUAAUAAUAUUGGGUUAGGGUUUAAUAAAAUAAAAUAAUAUAUGGGGUUUGGGUUUAAAAUAAAUAGGGUUUGGGUAAAAUAAAAUAUAUGGGUUAGGGUAAAAAAAAAUAUAUGGGGAGGGUUAAUAAUAAUAAAUAGGUUGGGUUUAAAAAUAAUAUAUUGGGGGUUUGGGUUAAAUAAUAAUAAAAUUGGGGUUUGGGGUUUAAAAAUAUAAUAUAGGGUUUUUGGGUUAAAAUUUAAAAUAUGGGUUUGGGUUUAAUUUAAAAAUAAUAAUGGGUUAGGGUGAAUAAUAAUAAUAUAUGGGUUUGGGUUUAAAAAUAAUAAUAUUGGGGUUAGGGUUAAAAAUAAUAUAUAUGGGUUAGGGGUUAAAAUAAUAAAAUAAUUUUGGGUUUGGGUUAAUAAAAAAUAUAAAUAGGGGGAGGUUAAUAAUAAUAAUAAUAAUUUGGGUUAGGAUUUAAAAAUAAAAAAAUAAAAUAAAAUUUUGGGUUAGGGUUUUUUAAAAAAAAUAUGGGUUAGGGGAAAAAUAAAAAUAAUAUAUGGGUUAGGGUUUAUAAUAUAAAAUAAAAAAAUAAAUAUGGGGUUUGGGUUAAUAAAAAUAAUAAUAAAAUAUGGGGUUUGGGUUAUAAUAAUAAAAUAAUGGGGUUUGGGGGAAUAAAAAUAAUAAUAUAUGGGUUAGGGUUAAUAAUAAUAAUAAUAAUAAAAUAAAUAGGGUUAGGGUUAAAAAUAAUAUAAAAUAAUAAUGGGAGGGAAUAAUAAUAAAAAUAAAUAUGGGGAGGGUUUUAAAAAAAUACUAUAUGGGUUAGGGUUUUAAAAAAAAAUAAAAAUAAAUAUGGGGGAGGGUUUAAAAAAAUAAUAAUAAAAAAAAUAAAAAAAAAAUAAUAAUAUAUGGGGUUUGGUAAUAAAAAUAAUAAUAUAGGGUAGGGUUUAAUAUAAUAUAUGGGUUAGGGUUAAUAAUAAAAAAUAGGGGUUGGGUUUAAUAAUAAAAAAUAAUGGGUUAGGGUUUUAAAAAUAAUAAUAUAGGGGGUUUGGGUUUAAAAAUAAUAAUAAAAAUAUUGGGUUAGGGUAAAAUAAUAAUAAUAAUUAGGGUUGGGUUAAUAAAUAAUAAAUAAAAUAUAUGGGUUAGGGUUUAAUAAUAAUUUUGGGGUUUGGGUUAAUAAAAAAUAAUAUAUGGGUUAGGGUAAUAAAAUAAUAAAAUAAUAUAAUAAUUUAAUAAUAAUAAAAUAAUAAAUUUUGGGUAGGGUUUAAAAUAAAAUAAAAUAAUAAUGGGUUAGGGUUAAUAAUAAUAAUAAAAAUAAAUAGGGUUUGGGUUAAUAAUAUAUAUGGGUUAGGGGGAAAAAAAAUAAAAUAUAUAUGGGUUAGGGUUAAUAAAAAUAAAAAAAAAAAUAUAAUAAUAAUUAAUUAAAAUAUGGGUUAGGGGGUUUUAAAAAUAAUAAAAAUAAUAAUAAUAAAAAUAAUAAUAAAAUAAUAAAAAAUAUAGGGGGUUUGGGUUUAUAAUAAUAAAAUAAUAAUAUAAAAUAAUUUGGGUUAGGGGGAAAAUAAUAAUUAAUUAUGGGUUAGGGUUUUAAAAAUAAUAAAUAUGGUUUUGGGUUAAAAAAAAUAUUUGGGUUGGGUUUUAAAAAAAUAAUAAAAUAAGGGGGUUUGGGUUAAUAAAUAAUAAUAUAGAGUUAGGGUUAAAUAAUAUAAUAAGGGUUAGGGUUUUAAUAAAAAAUAAUAAUUAUAUUGGGUUAGGGUUAAUAAUAAAAAAAUAAUUAUUGGUUUUGGGUUUAAAAAUAAAAAUAUUGGGGGAGGGUUAAUAAUAAUAUAUAUGGGUUAGGGUUUUAAUAAUAAUAAUAACAAUUAUGGGGGAGGGUUUAAAAAUAAUUAUAUAUUGGGUUAGGGUUAAUAAAAAUAAUAUUGGGUUAGGGUUUAAAAUAAUACAUAUGGGUUUGGGUUAAUAAUUUAAAAAUUAAAAUAAAUAUGGGGUUGGGUCAAUAAAAAUAAUAUAUGGGUUUUGGGUUAAAAAUAAACUAAUGGGUUAGGGUUAAUAAUAAUAAAAUUUUAAAUUGGGUUAGGGUUAAUUUAAAUAAAAAUUGGGUUAGGGUUAAUAAUAAUACAUAUGGGGAGGUUAAAAAAAUAAUAAAAUAUAUGGGUUGGGGAAUAAAAGAAUAAGAAUAAUGGGUUAGGGUUAAUAAUAAUAAUAUAUGGGUUAGGGUUAAUAAUAAUAAUAAUAAUAACAAUAUAUAGGGGUUAGGGUUAAUAAUAAUAAUAAUAAUAUAUGGGUUAGGGUUAAUAAUAAUAAUAUGGGUUAGGGUUAAUAAAAUAAUAAUAUAUGGGUUAGGGUUAAUAAUAAUACUAUAUGGGUUAGGGUUAAUAAUAAUAAUAAUAAUAUAUGGGUUAGGGUUAAUAAUAAUAAUAUAUGGGUUAGGGUUAAUAAAAAUACUAUAUGGGUUAGGGUUAAUAAUAAUACAUGGGUUAGGGUUAAAAAUAAUAAAUAUGGGGAGGGUUUCUAAUAAAAAUUAAAGGGUUAGGGUUAAUAAUUACAUAUGGGUUAGGGUUAAAAUAAUAUAUGGGUUAGGGUUAAUAAUAAUAAUAAUAUAUGGGUUAGGGUUAAUAAUAAUAAUAAUAAUGGGUUUGGGGUUUAAAAAUAAAAUUUGGGUUUUGGGUUAAAAAAAAAUAUAGGGUGGGUUUUAAUAAUAAUAAUAUAGGGGGAGGGUUUAAAAAAUAAUAAUAAUGGGGGAGGGUUUAAAAUUUAAAAAUGGGUUAGGGUUAAUAAAAUACUAUUGGGGGUUUGGGUUAAUAAUAAAAUUGGGUUAGGGUUAAUAAUAAUAAUAAAUAGGGUUAGGGUUUAAAAAUAAUAAUAUGGGUAGGGUUAAUAAAAAAAAAUAUAUGGGUUUGGGUUUUAAAAAUAAAUAGGGGGAGGGUAAUAAAAUAAUAUAUGGGUUAGGGAAUAAAAAUAAUAUAGGGGGGGGGUUAAUAAACUAUAUGGGGGUUAGGGUAAUAAUAAUAAUAAUAAUAAUAAUAAUAAUAAUAAUAAUAAUAAUAUAUGGGUUAGGGUUAAUAAUAAUAAUACUAAUAUAUGGGUUAGGGUUAAUAAUAAUAAUAAUAUAUGGGUUAGGGUAUUAAUAAUAAUAAUUUAAAAAUAAAAUAUAACAAUAAUAAUAAAAAUUUAAUUUAAAUUUGGGUUAGGGUUUAAUAAUAUAAAUAAAAUUAUGGUUAGGGUUUAAUUUAAUAAUACUAUAUGGGUUAGGGUUAAUAAUAAUCAUAAUAUGUAAUAUCUCCUGUCCACUAGGGGAGCCAGACCGUGAGCUGAUCCCCAGAGAGAGGGUGUUGGAGCAGAUCCUUCCUGAUCUGCAGACGGACUCCAGGGGCGUGGCCACCUACAGGGGGGUGGGGUUUGAGGUGCGGGGGAAAGGCCUCUGUAGAGCCCCAACCCUCACCAACAGC